AUGGCUCAGCAACGGCCGGCCCCAGGGCAUGCGCAAACUGCGCUGCCGCCGUUUAGCUUUCCGUCGCCCAACCUGAUGCCCGCAAACCAGCACAGCUUCAACGACGCCGUGGCCCAUGCCAAGGCGACAAUGAGGAGCUUCGACCCGGCGGUGCUGCGUCAGGCCGUCCGUGAGCUGUGGGAGUUGACGCUUGUCGGAUCCGAAUACCACAGCUCCUUUCUUUGCAGCACACUGUUUCACAGAGCGCCCCCGGCCAUCUUGAGCCGCACCAUUGAGCAGCAUGGUGCUCGCCUGGUCCGGAAUUCGGCCGGCCCGCUGGCCAGGCACCUGAGGCGGGAGGACCUCGACAUGAUGGCGCCGAGCCUCAUGUCCAAGCUUAGCAACACGUUUCUGGAUAAGGCGCUCGCGCUGCGCCUCGAGUCCAUCGGGGCGCAGCCGCUCGUUAACGCGCUCGGCCGGGCGGAGCGCUUGGGCUACGACACUCGCGACGUGGUGACGGAUGGGGGUGUUGGUGGUAGCCAGUCUGGUAGCCGCGGCCCCGCGGCCCGGCAGGAGAGGGUGAUUCCCACGGCGAAUCCGAUCCCGCCCCCCUCGCCGUCUAUGUUACCGGCGCAGCAGCAGCAGCCAGCGCCAACUGGUAAUACCCUUCGUCUCCCGUCUGCCGCCGACUUGGCGAGGCUCGGCAUCGCCCACUGCGACAGCUGCAACCGGCCGUGCGGCGGGAUCAAGGCACUGCUCUCUCACCGACGCAGCGGGCUCUGUGGCACGGCGCCCGUACCGCUCCACAAGCUCGGUAAAGAGUAUUGCUUGUUCUGCGGGCAGCGCUUUCUCGGCCAAGGCGGGCUGGCGUACCACCGCAGCAACAACGUCUGCGGCAUUUAUAUGGACGAGCACGCGCAGGUCCUGAUAGCGCUCCUUGCGGAUGCCGAACGUAUCUUGAAUAGCAGGCAGCCGCCGCCGCCGCCGCCGCCGCCGCAAGUCAAGGCCGCGACGACACCCAAGCCAGGGCCGGCCGCGAGCAGCCAGUCGAUGACGCCGCAGCGGGCGGCGGAAUCCAAGGACCCGUACGCGAAGCUGACACCCACCCUGCGGCUCGCGCUCGACGUGGCGCUGACGCGUGUCGAGCACCAGUACGCUGAGGGCAUUGAGAAGGCGAAGCAGCUGCACCCGGACGCGCAAAAGGCCGAGAUGGCUCGCCUGAAGAACCUAUACAACAACAAGCAGAGCAUGACGCGGAAAAAGUUUGGUAUUCGGCUGCGGGAGCGCCGCUCCAAGUCGGAGAUUGACGAGGAGCGCAGUCGCAUGCUCAGCACGGACCCCCAAACGCCCGUCACGCCGGGCUACCGGACGCACUCGGAGGCGACGGGCACGCCGCGGUCGAUGGGCAGCGCGAGCAGGCAAGGGACACCGAAAACGGUGCUUCUCACGGAAAUGGGCAACAGGGAGCGCACAGCUUCGGCGUCGACGGCGGUGGUGGCCCCAGCGCCGGAGAGUGCGGGGACGGGGGCGCGACCGCCGCCGCUGCCCAUGUCGAUUGCUGGAUCGCACACGGCGCCGGUUCGGGCGCCGCCGGAGGCGGCGACGAGCAAAGCAAUCGACCCGGAGCCAAUUGAGAUUGACGACGACGAGUAUGAGGAAGUGGAUGUGGAGGAGAGCGUGGACGAGGAUGCCAACGCCGAAAAGUCGCCAACUGGAAUGGAUAUUGAUGAGGCUGAGCAGUCGCCGAAUCAGGACCACUAA